CAUCGCCGCCCGCAUCACCAACAACGCGACAGCGCCCAAACCGAGUCACGCAAGAUUGUCUAAGCUAUUAUUGCCAGAAUGGGUCAGGGAACUUCCCAUGCCGAUCCACACUUGACUCUCGAGCAGCUUAGCUACACCAUCGCCCAACGCUUUGCGCAAAAGAGCUUCUCCCCCCUCGAACUCUACUGCUUCAAUUCUGUGUUCCGCUCGCUUGCCGACACUGAAUCCGGGGUGCGAUACUGGAGCGAAGCUACACUAUGCCGUUUUCUCGAGCUUCCAGAUGCGCUGGGCGUGGGUUCAGUCGUCUUUCAGAUGGCUAGCUACCUGGGCGCAUUCCCAUUUGCCAGUCAAGCACCGGCUAUCCUUACACAUGAGGCACUUCUCAAGGUUGUGACUAUCCUUACCGAGAGAUACGGAGCAGUUGUCAAGAAGAGGGGACGUGAACUCUGGCUCAGGGAGCUUUACAGGAGCAUGGCCAUAUACGACAAUGGCAUAAGGCCGAGCUUGGAAGAGACAGAGAACGAUAUAUCAAAGUCUGGAGGGACGAAGGGAUCGAGCAGUAAUCUUGGUUUUGCGAUCGAUGCGCCAGGAGGGGAUGAGGAAGAUGGCCAGGAAGAAGAGGACGACGAACUGGUGCUGGCAGCACUCGAGUCUAUGGAUGCUCUCGAGACUUUCAGGCACGGCGAACAGUCACAUAUUCAGCACUCGAUGAUCCCAACGGAUAAUCUUCUCAAGCUGGUUGAAUUACUACUUCUGAUUGCGCCGAUAGAUGCGCAGCAGAGUAUUUCUACACUGGCCCCAGAGAUGUCCGAUGAUCGCGUUGAGGAGUUGAGAGAGGUUGCCAAUGUGAUCGUUUCUUCAUUCGGCAUUGAAAAGCACCCAGGCGUCACGUAUCGUACUUUCAACACCGUCAUAUCCGCUUCUCUACCCUAUGUGUUUGACGGCCUAAACCCGCUGUUCGAACACUUCCUCUUUGCGAAGGACUUUGAUCUCUCCAAACGACGCAAGUCCAGCACGACAUCUCCCACAGCAGAAGCGCUUCCUGUCAUACCUCCACCAAAACCUGUAGCAGACCCAGAGCCAAUUCUGCGCAACCCGGGCGACAUCCUCAGCCUAACACUUCUUAGCCAGCUGUCUUUCUUCAUCAAAGGCAGCAAUCUGUUCCGACGUCUGCGCCCCUUAUACAGCGGCAAUACACACGGCUUCAGCAUGGGAUCUUUCGAAAAGCAGUGCUUCAAUUGGCGGGCUCCCACCAUCCUGCUAGUCUCAGGUCGUCUCCUUCCGUCGACACCAUCGAGUACCCGUGAACGCGCUCUUCAGGAUAUGAUCCCUCCCAAACGCUUCCCAGACAGCAUAUCUGAGACCGCCGAGAACCAGACGCUCACUUACGGUGCAUACAUACCCACACAGUGGAAACACCAUGGUAAAACCUGUUUCGGUGACUCGACGGCGAAACUGUUCCAAUUGUCACCUACCCACGAUGUCUUCUCCGCCUCAGACUUCAGCCACGACUACGUCUACUUCAACAAGUCGCCCACUCAUCCGGCGGGUCUGGGCUUCGGCACCCCGGUUCCACACCAAUCGGCUCACAUGCAAUCACACUCUCUUUUCCGUCCUGGACCAGUGUCGUUGCACCUCGAUGACGCGCUUGAGUUUGGUAUCUUCACGCACCUUGCUGAAGGAGGCGGAUCCUUCCAUCCAAGCAAACUACCGUGUCGAAAGGGCAAGGAUUGGCAGGAUCGUUUUGAGAUCGAGAGACUGGAGGUGUGGGGAUGUGGCGGUGAUGAGAUCGCUGAGGCUCAGAGGAAGGAGUGGGCAUGGCAGGAGCGCGAGGCAGAGGCAAGGCGAAGGAUCAAUCUUGGAACCGGAGAUAUGGAGGCGGAUAGACAGCUGUUGGAAAUGGCGGGGCUUGUCGGAGCGGGCCGGAGUGGUGGGAGUAUGACUUGAUGAUUUGCGAACAAAGGAGAAAACUGGGAAGGCACAUAGGCCGGCCUCUGGGGCAGAGAUAAUUCGGAGUCUCAAGACAAAGUAGGUCACGAAGUAAUGCCAAUGGAUAUGAAUAUGAACUCGAGUUGUGUUGUUCCCCAUUCUUGCAAAUGCUGGGUAUGUGACGUUGUAGCGGUGAUCUUCCUACAACUUGACUGUGCCCAAACGCCUUCGAUGCCUUUCGGUGUGUAUACAUAUGAUACAAAUCCUCCUCUUCGAUUCAAACCCUCAUCCACCAUCUCACGACUCAGCAAUCUUCUCAACAUCCAUCACUUCUCACGCUCAUCCUUGCCUCUGCUUAUGCUUCGGAUUCUUGCUGCAGAUGAUAUACACAUAUCGGCCCUUCUUCCUCCUCACGCUCUUACACCCAUCG